AUGAAUUUAAUUUGUGGAUUCAAAUCUUUGUAGCUGUAGUAGCACUUUUUCCAUCUCAUUUCUGAAGUUUUAGAUUGUAGGUGCUUCAAAAAGCUCUAAAUAAUCGUUCAAUAGAUAUGGUGCCGUGUAAUUAAAAAUUUUUUUGAAUUCGGACGUUGUAUGAGCUGGGACAUUGAAAUAGGCAUUGUUGCGUAAGGAAACUUGGCGGAGUGAACAUCUCUUCUCCAAAGAAAUAAACAGAUAGCUGGAUCUCGUAAAAGAAAGAGUAUUGAAGAUCGCCAGUGAUGACGGACGAUACGAGUCAACAACAGCAACAAGACGCUUCUGCGGGCCAACAAAAUGGCUUCUCAUCGGACCAGAUGGAUGACGAGGAACGGGCCAAGAUGCGACCUGUGGACAUCGACGCUGACGUCAGAGAAAUGGAAAGGCGGAAGAGAGUUGAGCUGAUCAUGAACAGCAAACUGUUUAGAGAGGAACUGGAGCGAAUAAUCGAAACCCAGUUACGUGAAGGCAACGGCCCCUCGGGGUUGCUGCAACAGAUCUCGGACAUGGUGGGGGUCAGUAGGGGUGGCUCCGGCAACGCGGCGUUUAAGAGUUCAGGCUGUGUGAUACCCAUCAACGACAUCAGAGGCAUUGAGGCGAUGGGAUAUGCUAAGGGAGAAAAGAUACUCAGGUUGGUGACAUAUUUGUGUAUUACGAUAAAUUACUUACAAAAUUGCAUCACUACGGAUUUAAAGGAUCUGUAUUCAAAAUUCUACAAAUUUAUUUAA